AUGCAGAUGAUCCUUCAGGGAAAGCCGCUCAAGGCAGAUGCGGCCAGGAAGAAUGGCAUCAUCGACGCGGUGGCCGGCAAGGGUGGCCGAGGAAGCUGCGGAGUUUGCGUUGUCACAUCCGCCCAAUCCCAUUUCCAAGAGGAAGUGCCAAAGACCAACAGUUUCAUGGUGGCGGCUGGAACUUUGGAGUCGGGCCUCAAGACAGCGGUGAAAGCAGCACCUCUCAUGAUCGCUCCACGGUCCAUCAUCAAGUGCUUCGAUACGGCCUGCUCCAAGAAGAGCUUCCGAGAAGGCCUCCGUGGAAAUGGAAGAGUUCACCAAGCUGGUCUUCUCCGUGGAGUCGGCUGCUCUGAGGCACCUCUUCCUAGCGGAGCGUUUGGCACAGAAGGCGCCGGCAUCGAUGAGAGGCACGCGCCACUGAAGAAGAUCGGCAUCCUGGGGGCCAGGCUGAUGGGCGGUGGCAUCGCCAUGUGCUUCGAGCAGAAGGUCGUGCCAGUCGUGCUGAAGGCGGCCGGCGACAUGAAGAAGCAGACGAAGACAUACGGCCCCUACGAGCACACGCAUUGUCCCAAGAUCAAGGCGAACGGGCGUGGCAUUUUCAUCCACCGCGGCAGGAGAAGGUGGUUAAUCGCGAGGUGGUUGCCCAGCUUGACGUGGUGCAAAAGAUGA